AUGAGAUCUGGGAUCCAUCGUGACGCGGAGAGGCUUUCAAACACGGGGAGGAGGGGAGGUGAAGGGGGAGAGAAGAGAAUUGGGGAUGUGUCUUGCGACCAAGGCAGUGCUCCGUGGAUGCGAAAAGACUGCCAAUGCCACUUUGUUCAAAUCCUGAUCGCGUUCGCUCGCAAAAUUCUCCUGCCCGGAGUUGUGUGCUCGCUUCUCUUCGAUUGUGACUUCUGGUUCCUUUUUCUUGUUCCGACGAAUGAACAAUCCUCCCACCUGAUGCGGAGAAUUGACGAUGAGAUUCGCGGAAGAGGUAGGUUCGAUAAGCAAAUCGACGCUCAAGGAUCCUCAAGGUCGACGAUAGACGUGCAGGAUCAAGUCCGACUCCACUGCAGAAAAGAGGUCAGGAAAGAGGUCGAGAUGCUUAAUCUGAAUUCCCCACGGUCACCCACCAGAAACUUGAGUUGUGUGGGAACUUCUCACUAUCCGCACGUUGUCAAAACAGUCAAUGGUUCUGAUCCACCAGGGAGGCGGCGUGAUGGCUCUGAUGGGAAGAUCACAACUGCCAGGGACAACGCGUAUAGAUGCGGAGACAAGGGCGAAGGAAGAGGAAAAGUAAGGGGGGGAAGAAGAGCAAGAGGGCAAAAAAGAAAAUGA